UGCAACGAGAACUUUAACCAGCACUUGGCCUUUUUGAAGUCAUCGUAUACGUCAUCGGCCUCCCUUUGGAGCUUAUAACUAAUCGCACAUUAUAAAGUCAAACGAAGUCCUCAAACUCUCUUGUAUGCUUGGAGCUUGAGAUAGAUCGACCGAGAGAUCCCAGCGGAAAUAGAAGAUUUCCUGAUACCAUCGAUCCUUCUUCUCCAAUGGCUGCGAAUUUCGUCAUUCCGACCAAAAUGAAGGCUUGGGUGUACCGUGAGCACGGAAACGUCGCCGACGUAUUGGGAUUGGACCCGGAACUCAAGGUCCCUGAAUUGCAAGAAGGCCAAGUGCUGGUUAAAGUUCUUGCCGCAGCGCUCAAUCCAGUCGACGCCGCGAGAAUGAAGGGGGUUAUCAAGCUCCCGGGCUUUUCUCUACCGGCCGUGCCAGGUUACGAUCUCGCCGGCGUUGUGGUGAAGGUGGGCCGCGAAGUGAAGGAGCUCAAGGUCGGGGACGAGGUAUAUGGAUUUAUGUUUCACGCCAAGAAAGACGGGACGCUGGCUGAGUACGCAGCCGUGGAAGAGUCGUUCUUGGCUUUGAAGCCCAAGAAGCUGCGUUUCGGGGAGGCUGCUUCUCUGCCGGUGGUCAUUCAGACCGCCUAUGGAGGCCUUGAGAGAGCUGGCCUCUCUCAUGGCAAGUCCCUCCUCGUCUUAGGUGGUGCUGGUGGCGUCGGCACACUCAUAAUACAGCUAGCUAAGGAAGUUUUUGGUGCAUCAAGAGUAGCAGCUACAUCCAGCACUGGGAAGCUAGAGUUGUUGAAGAGCUUGGGUGCUGAUCUGGCCAUUGACUACACCAAAGUCAACUUUGAAGACCUCCCAGAAAAGUUUGAUGUUGUCUACGAUACAGUUGGGGAAAUUGAGCGGGCAGCGAAGGCUGUGAAGCCAGGAGGGAGCAUCGUGACGAUCGUAAAACAAAACAAGACAUUACCCCCGCCUGCUUUCUUUUUUGCAGUAACUUCGAACCGUUCGACCUUGGAGAAGUUGAAGCCCUUCUUGGAGAGCGGGAAGGUGAAGCCGGUGAUCGACCCCAAGAACCCGUUCCCAUUUUCGCAAGUCAUUGAGGCCUUCUCGUAUCUUCAAACCCGCCGGGCAACUGGAAAACUCGUGAUUCACCCCGUCCCAUGAUACACAAACGAGAAAGAAAUAAAGCGUCCACAUGGAUCUGCCUUAAUCACGAGUCCUUAAUUAGUAGUCGGUGGUGCUUGUUGUUUGUCUCCGUACAUUCAGCUUCUCUUUGCAUAGUAGUUUCUACAUAGUGCGUGUAGAGAAGCAAGUGGAUGUACAAAUAAAAUAAUUACAUUUUCUAUAAACAAUAUUACAAACUCUUUA